AUGAAAAGGAAGCCAACCGGCCACGUAUCUCUUGACCUCGAGCCUUUCAAUCAAAUUGUGGCUUCAGCAUGCACUCGCCAUCGACCACUAUUGGAGAAGGUGACGAGCUGGUUAGACUUGCAAGAAGGAGCCACAGAACCACUGCACCUUUUCAGAAACUACUUCGAUUAUUCAGUCACAUUUACGCUGAAAGAUAAUUAUGGUCAAUCGUCGCCUUCGUUAGAUGUAUUGGAAAGCCCCGACGGAAAGCAAUUUGUUGGAUAUGGGAUCCAACUUGACCCAUCCUGGAUCGACAACAAGACUCUUAUUCGGUGGUACGACACAUGCACGUCUGGCCACGGAGAAAAGUGCAGCAAACCCGAGUAUCUUGGUUACCUUCCCAAACCUGAGCUGAGAAUUCUGAUUGACGUCACGGACAACUGCUUGACCCCAGCUCCAGAAAAUGCCUCUUACAUGGCGCUCAGUUACGUUUGGGGCAAAGUAGAUAUGCCCAAAACAUUCACGGCAAACCUAUUUCAACUACAAAAGCUAGGGGCCUUGAACAACACUUCUCUCCCAAAAACCAUCCGGCAUGCUAUGUAUUUGACGGGACUCCUUGGCGAACGUUAUCUUUGGGUGGAUAGCCUCUGUAUCGUGCAAGACGAUGAAGAAUUCCUCAAUGGUCAUCUAGGCCGAAUGGCAUCCAUCUUCGCCCAUGCUCAAGCUGUCAUUAUCCCAAUUGACGGGGAAAAUGCCGAAAGUGGGAUUCCCGGGUUGAAAGAGGCGCCUGCGGCGCAACCCAGGCACCUUGAGCAGGAAAGUAUCCCAUUUGGGGAGAGGACGCUUCUCAUUCGCAACAAGAUGGGGACGCAUGGAAGAGGCGAAUCGUCAUCCAAGAAGGCUGACUACUUCGAUCGCGGAUGGACGUUUCAAGAGUAUCUGUUCGCACGCAGACGAAUAUGCUUCGAGAAUAAUAGCGUCUGGUUUCAGUGCUGUCAAUCUACCCAGUACGAAGACCACAGCCAUCCGGACCUUCCCGACCGCAAUCGCGACUUCCUGUUGGAUGUCGGGUACCCGUCUCUCACCGUCUUUUCACGCCUAGUGGAAGAUUUCAACCAAAGACAUCUCAGCUACCCGCAAGACUGUCUCGCCGCCAUAGCAGGUAUGCUUCCAUGCUACUCGAGAGCAUUCAAAGGGGGGUUUCUUUGCGGGCUCCCAAAGUUGUUCUUCGACGCAACUCUACUUUGGCAACCUGGAGAUGAUCUCGUACGCCGCGUGCCAUUAGACACAGGGACCAACUAUGGCGGCAUCAAUAGCCGUAGUCUGCCGACUUGGUCCUGGGUAGGAUGGCAAGGCCGUCUCGACUUUGAAGGUUGGGCAACAGGGAAUGAUUUUGUGGCCGCAUGCAGCGGCUGGAUUGCCUCUUCACGGCAGCAAAUAAUCCCGACUACCAAAUGGUUCACUAGCUCUGAUGUCUCUGGCAAGAAUGGCAAGAGACCCGUGGAAGUUGAGUGGGCGUUAUGGAGAGAUCGAUACAAGGACACGAAGAGUCACCUCCCUCCAGGAUGGACACGAAGAAGGCGGCGAAAAGGGGAGAGCUUGACCAUAGAGGAGUUCCCCGACGGUUUCGGUGAGUAUUUGUACAAGCAUAAGUCUUGCGGGGCACGGUUUUGGUACCCCAUACCCCUCUCGGAUCCAGACUACCCGCAACAGCAAACAACCCCCAGCUUCUCUGAGGCGACGUACCUAUUUGGCUCAGUGCAAACGGCACAUCUUUCAGCUUCGGGCGCAGUAUGGAUGCAUGAAGAAAGAACUAGCAUGGGACCAGUGAAUCCAUCGACUGCUCAUGUAUCGAUGCGCACUUCUCAGAACGAAUGGGCUGGAGUGAUACGACUACACAGCCGGGAUCACUUCGAAAGACAAGGGUUGGACCCGGCGAAGAGUCCUGUUGAGCUGCAGCUGAUUGCCAUAUCUCGGGGUUUCAUAGCAAACGGUCUUGAGAGUUAUGCUGCAAGAGAAAUUCCAGAGUAUGUUUUGGAAGAACGGCCAAAGACUGGCGAGAAGUAUGAAUUUUACAAUGUCAUGUGGAUCAGGUGGAGGAAUGGGACUGCUUAUCGAGAGGGUCUUGGUCGGGUGCACAAAGACAAAUGGGAUUCUCUCCAGGUCUCAAAUAUUGAUAUCGUACUUGGAUAA